AUGGAUGAGGGUUUGUCAGUGCAAGAAAGAGAAGAGAGAAAAGAUAAGAGCCUAACAUGGGGUGUGUUGGGUCAAGAAAUGAAGAGGUUAUGCUACAUAGCUGGGCCUAUGUUUGCUGUGAUGUUAUCAGAGUAUGUGUUGCAAGUAAUAUCGUUGACGAUGGUUGGUCACCUGGGUGAACUUUAUCUUUCUAGCUCAGCCAUAGCUCUCUCUCUUUGUGGUGUCACCGGUCUCAGUCUCUUGGCAAUAUGUGCAGCUGCCCCUGACUUGGCUGGAAAAGAAGAAAGCAUCACUGCACAUGGUACAACCCUCUAG